CGAUGCACUUCUCACUGCAUUAUUCCAUAUUAUAUCAGUUGAUUGCUCGUCGAUGGCGACUCAAUCACUGCACUUGAUCACACGCCCUACCCCAACACUCUACCUAUUCAGUGAAUCCUGUAUAUUUCAAGGGUCUUGGACGGUGACUUAGGGUUUUGGAUUUGAUGGCUUCGUUUGUGCUUGCAAGAAUUUGUCGUGGAGACGAUCACGUGGAUUGUGUUCUGGCACGACGUUUUGUGGAAGAGUUGAUUCGAAGAGCUUGAACGAGUUUUUGAGCGGUGCUUAGAUGGCGAGAGCUAUAGUGGGGUAGAGUGAAUAAUCGAAAUUGGAUUGAUAGUGAGAGUUUGUGUUCAAGGAGAAUGUUUUGGAAAGGAGCGAAUUCUGUUUGGGUUGUUGAGGGCUUGAGAGAAGUUGGAUUGAGGAGAGCAGGGAAUCGCCGGCUUGGAAGUGUAAAGGAACCUGAUAGUUGAGAGGUGAAGUAUAAGGGUGUGGCUAUGGCGGAUACGGCAGUGGCCGCUGUGAAUGUCCAGCGGCGAAGGUGGCCAAGAAGCGACUCCCUCGGUUGCUGCAUCUAAUGCCAAGGUGAAUAGGAUCGGCGGGGUUGAGAUGCGGGUGCCGGGCAGGAUGGAAGUCGACAUGGCGCGUUAAGACGUGCAACGCGUGUGUAAUCCUGAUAUUAAGCGGUCGUUUACUUCAAUUGAAGAUGCCUGCGAUAGGUAUACAUUCGCUGGGGAAUUUGAUUAUUGGUGGAAGAAAGAAUAGUUUUUUCUGAUGUAUGUGAUUGUCAGGAUGGUGUCCUUCGGAAGGAGCUGGGGAGGAAUGAUUGAUAAUGAUGCAUCCAACUUCAAAGGAGUUACUCGACAACCUUUUUCUGUUCGUUAGAGCUUGGAUAUGAGUUGCAAAGCAUGGGAUUUGAGGAGUUAUUAGAGCGUUAAAUUUCCGUUGAGUGCACGUUAAGUUUUUCUCUUAAAGAAUAUAUUAGGUGACUGAAUUUCUCAGGUUAGAUUUUGUCAUCAAUCCUCGAUUAUCACUUAAAUUGUACCAUUAUCUAAGUUCUAGAUUACGAAUAGCAGGUUUGUUGGAAGCAGUUGUGGGGCGUCUUCGAAAUGGACAAUGUCUUGGUCUCUUCCAUUUUAGUCUUCCACAUCCUGCUUUGGUUCAAACGGGUCGAGCAUCUUUUGCGGUAUUUGGAUGGAGUUUUCUCCUUACAGGUGGAAGGGUGGAGUUUUCCGACACGAAAUUGAUUGCAUGCUCGAUCUUGUUUCUACAUCUACACGGUAAUGUACCAAUUAUCGUCUUUAAAUGCAGGCUCCUCCUCUAUCAUGUGGUGGCAGAGUACGACCCUGAAGAGUUGGAACUCUCACCCGCUGGGGCCCAAAGUGGUGCAACAUCUUUGUUGAUUUCUAGGGCACAAUCCUGGAAUGAUACCCUUAAAGCCAAGACCGCUGAAUAUGUAGGGGCCCUGGAGAAGCACAUAAGCACUUACAAUUCAAUAUUGAAGAGAAGAGCAGGUGGGGACAUGUGUGGCGAAGAGAGACUACUCGUUGAAAAAUAUCUACUUGUUGACGAGAGACAAAAACUUGCUGAUGCCCGUGCUAAGAUUGAGGCUAAAGAAAGGGCAGAGCGAGUAGCGCAUGAAGCUAGAAUCAAGGAAGCUCUCGCUCAAGUUGAGGAGGCUCGAGCUGAAGCGCAAGCUCAGGCUGAAGCUGCUCGAGCCAAAGCCUUAGUCGAGGCCGAAGCUGCUCAACCAGCUGAAUCCUCCCAGAAAAGCAAUCAAGCUUUCCUACCGGAAAUUGGUGUGGAUUCUGACGCCUUGCAACCACCCAUUAAUGGGGAGGGUUUGGGGGAUUUAGAGGGAUGGGACUCGUCUGAAGGUGAGGAGGAAUACGAAGAAGGGCAACCUGGUAAAGAAGACGAUGACGAAGAGGAUGAGGAUGAUAACCCUGAUAGUUUAUUUGCUGAGGGAGACGGGGCCGAAAAUGCAUAUGAAGGUAUGAACGAGGGGGUUACAAGUACGCAAAACGAAUUAGCUGACGAAGACAUACUUCACUUCAAUCCAAGAGAAUGCAUGUGAAGAGAGUGACCACCUCCUGUCUAAUAAUGUGGUUUAGAUCACCAUUCUUUUAAAAUAUUUCUUUCGUAAACUCUGGCUUUUAAGGAUUCGUUAUAUUCAUGUCGUAAGGUGGCCGGGAUGGAGAGAGCUGCAGCUUAGUAUCACGGUAACCAUCUGAAUAGUUAAGGUGGAGGUUCUUUUACGUAGAGACAAUUCCAUGGGCAGAUUUAACUCGAGACACUUACGAUACUGGGUGUCCAGUGGUUGUUGAGUUGUCAUUCACGAUGGUUUACUCGGUUGACGUGACCUUCUGUGAUAAAAUGGCAAUGUUGAAAGCCUCCCUUUGAGCAUGUAAUUGCCUGUCCACAUUCCACUUGGACAGGUCAGAUUGAUUGUCACGAUUCAUGUUAAACACUUAUGAAUUGAUUCAACCCUUUGAGGUGAGGUUACUUCCUCAAAUAUAUGUUGACUGAUGCGAGAUUAGCCGAGCUCUAUUCUAGGAAAACAUAACAAAUCCUAGAAUUGUGCUUCAGAUUUUAGCUACUUAGCACAGCAGUUGCUACAAAGCAAAUCGGGAAUGCAUAGCAUUUAAGUUUGUAGAGCUCUUUCAUUCAGUUGGGAUCUUCUCAGACUUUGUUUAAACUUGGAAAGUGCCAAACGCUGUACAAACCUGUUUUCAA